AUGUCGCCCCUGCAGCGCGGUGACUCCAGCCUGCUGCUAGGGACGGCUGGCAGCGGCGCUUACGGCCUAUCAGCUGUGCUGCACGGCGGCGGCAGCGGCGGCGGGUUUGGCGGUGGUUUGGGGUGCGGCAGCCCGCGCCACCUGCAGCUGCGGCUCCCGGGCCACAGGCGCGCCAGCUCAGCGCACUCCAUCCAGCUGGAUGGGAGCGGCCACUGGUCCACAGGCCAGUUUGGCAGCGCAGCCCACGGCGACGGUUAUGUGGUGCAAUCGCCUUCAUCCGCCAACACCCCCGGCAGCCUGGCUUCGUACUUUGUCGAAGGUUCGCCCGACACGGCCCGAACGCACCGCAGCAACUACUCGAACGGCCUCAUCACGCCCAUGGGGCCCCCCAGCAGCGGCGGCGCCGCGACCGGGAGCGCGGGCGCCGGGCGCGUGCCUGGCCCAGGCCGCUCCCUGGGUGGCGCGCUGAGCGGCGCCGGCGGGCUCGUGUUCGGGACGCAGCGGCGGGGGGUGGGGCUGGGGUUUGCGCCGGCGGUGCCUGUUGAGAUCAUCAACCACAGGGAUCUGCUCAUCGGCCGCUGCCUCGGGCGCGGCGCGGAGGGGGCGGUUUACGAGGCCCGCUAUCAGGACGCGCCUGUGGCGGUCAAGGAGCGCCCCAGUCUAGACGAAGUGGAGAUCUACUUGUCGGUGGGGGCGCAUGACAAUGUGGUCGGCCUGCGGGGCCUCAGCCAGAAGGACGACGGCACGUGGCUGCUGGUGCUCGAGUACUGCGGCAGGGGCACACUCGACACCCUGCUGCACCACAGCAGCAGCCUCGCGCACGCCGGCGGGGGCGGCGGCCGCGGCCAGCGGGGGCCCGCGGCGGCUGACCUGUCAAAGGUGCUGCCGCUGGCGCGCGGCGUCGCGAGGGGCAUGAUGCACCUGCACUCGCGGCGGCCGCCCAUACUGCACCGCGACCUCAAGCCAGGAAAUGUGUUUGUGGGCCACGGCGGCGUCAUGAAGAUUGGAGACUUUGGGAUGAGCCGCCACGUCUUCCCGCCCCCUGAGGUGCCCGCUGGCGCCCCGGGCGCGCCCGGCGCAGCCCGAGCGAAGCGCGGCGGCAGCGGCAGCGGCAGCGGCGGCGGCAGCAGCAGCGGCGGGGGCGGCAGGAGCGGGAGCGGGGGCGGGAGCGGCGGCGGGGCGGCAGGGGGGCGGCAGCCGGCGCGGACACUGACGCCUGGGGUGGUGGGGACGUGUGUUUACUCAGCGCCGGAGCUGCUUGACGAGCAGCUGCAGCAGGAUGAUGCACCGGUGGAGCGGAUCCUGAAGGCCGACGUUUACUCCUUCGGCGUCACCCUCUGGGAGGCCCUAGAGCGCCGCCGCCGCUUCGACGGCGUCGACGGCCUCCUCAUCUGCGCCCAGUGGAUCGCCAACCCGGCCAUGAUGGCGCUGCCGCCGCUCACCGUGCCAGAUGGCGCAGGUGACGCGGACCGCCGUGCGCUCGAGGCGCUGCAGCAGCUGGUGACGGACUGCACGGCGUUCGAUCCAGACCAGCGGCCAAGCUUCAAGUCCAUCCUGGAGAGGCUGAGGCGAACGCAGCGGCUGCACGACCCGUCGCACUCGCCGCCAACAGCAGCGGCCGCGGCUGCUGUCGCAGGCGGCGAAGGCGCCAAGGUCACGCCGCGGCACGCCCUCCCGAGGUCGGCGGCCCGGGUCAGCAGCGGCGGCGGCGGCGGUGCAGCAGGCGCGGCAGGCGCGGCAGGCGCGGCAGGCGCGGCAGGCGCGGCGGCGGGCGAGCACGAGCGGCAGCACAGGCGGCACAGCCCCGGCGCGGCGCCGGCAGCCCUGAUGGGGCCGGACGCUGCGGUGGCCGACGUUGCAGGGCGGCGGAUCAGCGGGCCGGGGCUCGCCCUCAGAAAGAGCUUGUCCAAGGACGAGGACGAGAGGGCCCCGUCUUGA